UUGCGUUUAUACAUGGCAUGUCAAAGCUUAGUAGUAGUGAAAAGUAACCUAUUUUCGCAUGUAAACAAACUUUGUUAACAAGUUUUUUCGAGUUCGGUAAUAAGUUGUCGAUGAAUAUAUGAUAUGAACUUCUAAAGUAUGAUUAUAAAUAGUGAUAAAUACAAGAUGAGACCAAACGGUUUAAAAGUUUUAAAAAAAACCAAUCCAUAUCCACAAGGAAUGCGAUGUCAGAAAUGUCUUGAAAUGGGACAUUGGAGUUAUGAGUGUAAAGGAAAAAGAAAAUAUGUACACAGAUAUUCGCGUACAUCACAACUAAAAAAAGCUUUGAAAAACCAAGAAAAUUCUACUGUGGAAGAACAGAAAAAAGAAGUUAAAAAGAGUCUUCUACAGAAAAAAAUGAAGAAAGAUUCUAGCAGUUCCAAUGAUUCUAGCGCUGAUAGCAGCACUUCUAGUAGUAGUAACGAUAGCAGCAGUAGCAGUUCAUCUUCGGACAGUGAAUCAGACUCUAGUGAUAGUGUUUCUAGUAGUAGUAGUGGAAGUAGUAAUAGUAGCAGUAGUAGCAGUUCUAACAGAAAAUAAUACUUAUGGUAUGUGCAAACAACACAUUCUUCCAAUUAUGCUAUGUAUUCUUUUUUUAUUCGGUAAUCAUUUUUACAAAUUUUAUAAAUAUUUAUGAGAUACCAAUCCUCCUGUAUAAUAGCUACAUUGUACAAAAUUGAGAUAGUUAACCCUUUGUAGUCUGAAACCAGAAUGUUCCCAGUAAAACAAAGAAUAUUCUUACUUUGAAUCACAAAGGGUCAAGAUAUUUAAGUGUAAAGUAUAUUUCAAAUAAUAAUUUGUACAAUGCGCCUUUUAGUUGAAUUUUAUUGCUCAUAUUGGAAUACUAAAACCUUCCAAAGUAAUUAAAUAUAUGUAUGGGAAAGGAGGAAAUUUGUAUACUAAAAACUUUAUUCAUGAAAUAAGAUUUAUUGUAAAAUACAAAAUAGUAUAAAUAUAAGAAUUUGUUUAAGUCAGAAUGUAUU